AUGUCUGCUACUUCAAACGAUAACUCCCACCAGAAGGCGAAGGAAAUUAGUUGGAAUUUCGUGCGAGAGUAUUACAAAUAUUUCAACGAAAAACCGGAGGAUUUAUUUCUUUUCUAUAAAAAAAACUCCAGACUUAUCCGCGGCUUGGAGGGUGAAGAGGUUAAGGUUUGCAAAGGAAUUCAGGAGAUCCAAAAAAACAUAGCUGAUAUGCAGUUGAAAGAUGCGAAUGUAAAUAUUACCAAUAUCGAUAGUUUAGAUUUUGAUACCAAAGUGGUUGUCCAAGUUACUGGUCGAUUUUCCAACAAAGACGAAGCAUAUCGUAAAUUUGUUCAAACCAUUGUUCUUGACACGCAACCAGGGGGUUAUUAUGUUUCGGAUGACAUAUUUCGCUAUUUGAAAGACGAAGCUGAUGAAGUCGUUAAACAACAACAGACAGAUCAAGGAUCAACAUAUAUUGAUGACGUUGUAUCUUCGAUAACUGAGGAAAAAUUUAAUGGCGAUGAUUCGGUUUCAACUUUAUCAACAGGAACCCUCGCAGAUGAAUCAACUCAAGAGAUAGGCCGAGAUUCAAAAGUAAUUGAAGAAACUACUUCCGACAUUCCAGCGAAAGUGGGUGUGCCAGAAGUUCCUGCAUUGCCAAAAUCUGAAACAGAAGACAUACCAAAUUCUGUUACAGAAGAGCUUGCGGACAACGAAUCGAAAUCAAUAGAAUCUGGUCCAAGUGAGAAAGCUACACAAGUCACUGUACAAACAACAAAGAUAUCUACUAACACUACACAGCUAACGUCACCAACACAAUCGCCAUCAAAAACCCAAGCAUCUUCCUGGGCAACUUUGGCAGCCAGUGGUAGUAGCAAAUGGGAUACCUCACAACUUGCCGAACCUAGUAAAGGUCGGGUUAUCCAUGCAUCUCUAACACGAACGCAACCUCAAGUGUCAAAUGCUCGAGAGGCACCAAGAGAUCGGAAUUCUAACCGAGAGUUUUCCCUUUAUGUUAAAGUUGGUAAUGAGCGAAUGGAUCAUGAUGCACUAUGGAACGCGUUUAGUAACUUCGGGCCUGUAAAAAAUCUUGAUGUUGUACCCGCUAAGUCAUGUGCUUUUGUGGAAUUCCAUUCUCAAGAUGCAUAUCAACGAGCACUCCAGCAAAGACAGAUUUCUGUUCCCGGUUUUGGAAAUGAAACUGUUGUAGUUGAAGAACGACAAGAACGGCGCAAGGACGAUAACACCCGAUACCGCAAUCGGCAGAGCUAUGACAACUAUCAACGUAAUUAUGGUCAAGCUCCACACAAUACACACAACGGGAUGAAUUCACAACGUGGAGGUAGAGGUGGUGAUAGGCGUAAUGUGCCUCGUCCUCCUGCCAAGUCUCCUUCUUAA